AUGGAUUACACGAAAAUGCCCACUCUAUCACUUGCGACAAAACACGCUGAGAUGAAAGGGAGCAUGCCGAUGCAAUGUGAUGAGCUUCCUUCUGCUUCCUUCUGCACCUUCUGUUGCGCAGCAGCUGUCAACAUACGGCAUCCUGGCACCAUCGGAAGCAGACACAUGGCCAGGGCUAUCCACGUUGUGACGCCUACCGCGACCCGAGACGGGGAGAAGCAGCAAGCCUAG